ACAAGAUACAAUACCUCUCAGAGAGCCAUACCGCUUUUGUGUGUAUGGUGGUCUAUAAAUAAACAGGAUGUGCUUGUGAGAAAGGUGUUGAGAUGAGAGGACAGAGGAUGCUGAGAAUGAGGCUUUAACAUCACCAGACAGAUCUGAGUACUGGGGCCAUUUCCUGUUAGUAAAGGGGCUUCUGUACACAGACAAAUGUGCAAAGUAGAGUGCUACACAACCCUUCAGUGAAGCUCAGCAACAAGAAUUCAAGACUUCCAGACACAUUUCUGGAUUCUCAGGGAAUGUAAUGGCAGUGUUCAAGGAUUCCCUGCUGUGUCUGGCCUUACUGGUUUCCUGUGCAGAGGCCACAAACAUCAAUGACCCCAUUGUCUGCUAUGUGCUGGAUGCAGUUCUGCUCUUCUACUGCAUUGUUUUCACUGCACUGUACUUUAAACUUAAGUUUGAAAAAACGAGGACCUUUGUCGUGGCACCUGACACAUCUCCUAGCACGAAUCAAGCACCACAAGAUGAGGGGCAAUAUGAGGCACUGGUAGGACAGUCAAAUGAUGAUUAUCAGGAAAUCCAAACGAAAAGCAAGCCUCCCAAAAAAAAGAGCAAAGCCAAAGAGCCUAAAAGCAAGAGCAAUGCAGCAGAAGCCAUUGAGAUGAAGUCCGUCCCUCCCUUACCAACACGCAACUGAGCCAGUCCACACAAGACUGCUUUAAAUUCUUCAAGGAUUUUUUUUUCUCCACUUCAUCAUAACAUCUGCUCAUUUAACUGGGCAUCUGUACAUUUUUGCACAUUUCAUCCAGUGGAAAAUUCCAGAGGCUACUGCUGAUUAUGUGCAAUCUGCCUAUUUGCUUGCAAAAUAACUAUAUUAAUUUAUGUAGCUUUUAAAAAAGUAUAUAUUAGCUGAAAGAAUUAAUUUCAUUUAUACCCCAAUGCUGUUGAAUUCUCGAAUCUGAUUGGUCAGAAGGUGUUGAUUAAUUUUCUGUAACAGCACAGCUCUGGGAGUAGUGCCGGCUGAAAGGCAAAUCACAGGUUUAUAUUAAUACUUUAUAGAGUCUGUAGUAACAAUUCACUCACAGGGAUGUAUGGCAUAUGGCAGACGCUCCACAUAAUAAUCGAUAAGAACCCAAGCCUGAUAAUAAAUCAGUUUAAAAAUAUGUUGUUAUAUAACAAGUACAACAUCUAAUUGUUGAUGUGGUCAAGUUAUCUGCAAGAUGUUUAUUUAACAUUUAUGGAAGGAGUCUUGGGUGUCGGUGCUUUAUGAAAUUUUCCAGCAUGAGAAAGUCAUUAGGACAGCUGCACUUUGUGGUUUCUUGGUAGCACGACCAGUUGCGUUUUUCUUUUUUAAAUUAUUGUCUUAUUAAUUUCAAGAGAGAGGAAAAAAAGAGGAAUUUGUCAAGGAAUGAGUAUUGUUGUGAGAGCUGUUUAUAAUUAAACUAUAACAAGGAAAUAACUAGUUUCAUGGCCGUUCCAAACAUAUAAUUAUAAAUUUUAUUAACUGCAACUACUAAAUGUAAUGGUUAAAAAGUAUGACGUUCAUUAAUAAAUUAAAAAAGUGUAAUUGUUGGCAAACAGCAGUAGUAUAAAAAAUAAAACAGUUCAAUAACAAGUAUUUAAAGAAUAAAAAAUGACAGGGUGUGCUGUUAUAAGAAAUUAAUCAACAUCAGAAUGGUGUGAUGCCACUCCAGUGUUAAUUAUUUUCCUAUAACAUCACACCCUGUCAUUUUUAAUUCUUUAUUUACUUGUCAUUGUUCUCAGUAUUAAUAUACUAAGAUCAAUCAAUAUCACUGUACUUACAUCAAUAGUUUAAUGGUGAAGAGGACUACAUGGUAGCCAGAAACAAAUAGGAAUGUUAUUGCUUAAAUUAAUCAUGGUACUGGCCUAUCGCGACAACGUUACAAUUUUACAACUAAAUGUAAGAAACUUAUGUUAAAAUAUAAAUGAUCUGUUUACAGCCCUGGUGAAUUUUGGUCCACCAGAUUGUGCUGUAAUUCAGAAAUCUUGGCCCAAGGGAAUUUUCUGACAAUAUGAUAUAGAAGUACUCACUGAUCAUAACAUUUUGUGCCUACAUGUGUGCUUUUCAUGGCCAUUUUGAUUUCAUGGUAAGCAGAUUAAAGUCUACUGUAAUGAUUAAAAAGAAAGCUGAUCUCAUAUCCCAGACACAUUUCUAACGUAUAGUAUCAUAUUUAAAAAUGGGAGGAACAGCUUCUUAUGCCAAAGCAUGAAAGAUAUGCUAUGCUCUGCUUGUGCACAUUAAGCACACUAGAGCCUGGUAGAGCUCAGAACAGGAGAGCUGCCUUCCAAACUAAUGGAGUACACUGAGAAGAAAUAUUUUAUCUGGAAAGAUACAAGAUUGUGUUGCAUCACAAUCACUAUUACAUCACAUCACAAACUGCGAAACAAGUGGCCAUCCACCGCAUUAGAGUUCACAGGAUUUUUUUUUAACCUGUACAGUGCAGGCUACACAUGCAGUUUUUCCAUGCAAAAAAGCUAUAUGUUCUAAGCCUAAUUGAAAAAAGUAGGUUAUAUAUUGCUAAUAAACACAUUUAUUCCCA